AGCCCACAACAACCAUGGAAGCUUGAAGCUUGAAAGCUGAACCGACUUCGCACUUCCCCAAGCCACAAGCUCAGGAAGAGAGCACAACAUAGCAAGCAUAUAUUCACGAUGCUCUAUUUACAGGCGUGCGGCUCUCCGGAAACAUAGCAUCACUACUAGAGCGCCGCAGGCGCAAUCCAAGAUCAGCAUGGCCUUCCUUGGCCACCCUAUCCGCGUGACCAUCAUCGCUGGCCAGUGGCUUGCCCUCACACAUCUCAUUACGACCUAUGGCUUCACCGUGGGACCGGGCAGCGGACCUUCGAUGUUGCCCACCUUCUCGACCGCAGACGAAUGGAUCCUCGUCAACAAGUCGUACCGCCGCGGCAGGAACGUCGCUGUCGGAGACUGCGUCACCUUCGUCCGCCCCGUCGAAAAUGGUGGCUACGCCGUCAAACGCAUCAUGGGCAUGCCUGGCGACUAUGUCCUCCUCAACUCGCCAAAUCACCUCGGCGCCAGCGACAAUAUGAUCCAAGUGCCCAAGGGUCACGUUUUCCUGGUCGGCGACAACCUCGACUGGUCCCGCGACAGCAGGGACUAUGGGCCCAUUUCCAUGGGCCUCAUUCAGGGCAAGGUAACCCACAAGAUCACCAUGGACGGCUGGUGGGUGCCCGGUUGGUUCUCAAAGGUCAGCGGCGGUCUGAGGAGCCCAACCAACGGGUUUUGAGCCGUGAAACCGCAGUUUGCCCCCUUAUUCCGUAUGCACAGAUGUUGUUAAGCAUUGGGACCUCUCUCUUUUCCGAUCAGUCAGCACUAUGUAUUCCACUUCCAAAGUCGCGCAGCAUGGCCACAUGUACUAGGGGUAUAUGU